AUCUCUGAGGUGUUUGGUUUCCAGGACCCUGGACACCCAGGGGACCACCUUGAGCCUCGGUCCCUCAUUGAUUUUACCCCUCCUCCCACCCUGUAUCAUAGUUAACUCUUCAACUCCAGGUAGCAAACACCUGGCUUAAGGGGCCCCAAGCUAAAGGGACAUUUGUUACUCUUGAUUCUGUUCCUGCUGUAUUUCACCCUCUGUGAGUCUGAGUUUCACUCUCCAGCUUAGGCCCUCAUGGUGGCAACAUGGCUGCCAUAGCUCCCAGCAGUACACCUUCACCCAACCAGGAGCAAAGACACAAAGCAGGGCAGCCACCAGGAUAGUGGGGAAAAAGUGCAAAGCCUUCUUAGAUGCCUCCGCUUUCAGAGCAGUUGCAGGCAACAGGAUUGGAGAUGCCUUUAAUUUGCUUGGACCAGCCACCUCCCCUGUCCUGGGCCUGUUACUGUUGCAACAAAAUUGGGUUCUCUCAGCACAAAAGGAAGGUGGGCUGGUAGGAUCCAGUGUGUCUGCCAGUCUCCACCUCGUAAUGCCAAGCUCUUCAGCCCUGGAAGGACCAGACUUUCCUCAGACAAACCGACUGGUUAAGAAACCACAGCUGAUGAAUGUGUGUGCAUGCGACAGUGCGCCAGCAGCAAGAGGACAGCAUGCUUACGUGGGAUAUUUGAAAGAGAGCUUAGCAGAGGGAUCAUUUGCAGAGAAGUGGACAGGGAACAGGGAAACCUCAGGGCCAGUGCAUGACCCUAGACUGGUAACAGAGGAGAGGUGUUACUCCCCACACAAGGCACAAGGGAGCAAAGUGGAACCCAGAAGAGCAAAUCCUGGAGACAGCUGCCCUGAGGGGAGUUGUGUUCCUGGCAACCCCACAGGGAGGGAGUUGGGGGAACCCCUCCCCCAUCUUCUGCCAGGCUCCCCAUUGUCUAAACCCCACUGGAAGCCAGAGGGCCCAGGAGCCCAAAUGAUACUGACCACCCAGGUCAGCUUCCCAGGACAUAGAGCAGGACAGAAAAGGGACCUGGGGGCAAGUAAAGAUAGCCGGCCCCAGGGUUUUUCCCUAAUGUGUUUUCAGCAACAACUCAGGAACCAGUUGUCCCAAGAGAUGUGGUGUUGGGCAUGGAGAACUGGGCACCUGAGACAAACAAAAUGGCUCCCAUAACCUGCUCACUGGCUUGUUCUUCAGUGCCUCUGGCCCCAGUGCAUCUGGCCCUGCGUCGGUCAGGUCCUAGAUACUGGGCUGCCGACCCAGGCCAGGCACACCAGUCACAGCUGCGUUAAGUCCAACAAUUGGGAGAUGGAGACACUUAAAAUCCCACUUUACAGGGACAUCCCUGGCAGUCCAGAGGUUGAGACACCACCCUUCCACUGCAGGGCGCACAGGUUCGAUCCCUGGUCAGGGAACUAAGAUCUCGCAAGCCAUGCAGUGAAGCCAAAAAAAAAAAACCCAUUUUACAUGGGCUGAUUGAAACUCAGAUGCUUGCCUAGCCACCCCACCCUUCAAGACUUUUGAACAACCCGCAUUUAUAUGUCUGCUGCAUGCCAGAUCCUCGCCCUGGGUGAUCUACAUGGAUUUUCAACACAAACUAGGAAGACUCAGUCCCAUUUCCAGAUGAAGAAGCAGGCUCAGCAAGACAAGAUGUGACUUGCCCCAGGUCCUGCAGAGAGAAAGUGGCAAAGCUCUGGGCCAGCAGGCUUCCAGCGCUUCCUCUGUUGCUUCCGCAAAUGAAUUUAGCCGGACUGACUCUCAGGGAAUGUGAAGAAAUGAAUAAGUAUUGCUUCUUUCACCAUCAAGCCUUUUAUAGACUGUUCCUCUGCCUGGAAAACCCUCCCUGUUUACCAGAAACCUCUUCUUCCUUCAAGGCUCACACCUAGGAAGUCAUCCCUGAACCCUUAGACUGGAUCAGGAGCCUCUUCUGGGUCCCCUGAGCCCCCUGGCUUUUCCCCAUUGAAGCUUGGGUCACUCUGCCUGUGCUUCCCCCAUCACAGCCUUGGUCAUUCUGGACUAUCACUGGUGUGUCUCCCCCAUGGACCUUUAUGUCAUUUUCAGUGCUGAGCUAGGCUAGGCCUAUAGUUGGAGAUCAGAAAAUUGUUGGGUGAAUAAGUGAAAGUAACUGCAUGGGGAAUAUUCAAAAUCCUUAACCCCUGGCUAAGAAGCCAAUGACCAAUCUAGAACGGAGCCUGGCCAGAGUGCUGGGGUAAGGGUCCUGGGAGCCCCUGGCUGUGUCAGGUGACCCCUUAUAGUUCCUGGACCGUAGGAGAGUGAGGGAGUUACUAGGAGCUGCACUAGUAACAAACCAGUAUUGUGAUACCCCAUACACUUGAACAGUGCUUCCGGCUGAACGUCGGCUCUGGGCAUCUGCGGAUCAGAGAGGUAGAGUUUCCCGCCUGAAGAUGCACAGGCUGGAUCCUCACUUUGACCUUACCAAUUGGACCCUGCUGUCUCUCCACCCUCUGGAGCAAGCAAUCACAGUCACCCCCUCCUCUGCUUCCUCAGACGGCUGCUGUGAUUUGAAUAACCAAGCAGGCUGUUGGAUGUCAGGUAGUGACUGAUUUGCUUGGCAAACAGACCCUCAGGUCUGCUGGUAAUAUGGAAAAACACUCAGCCCCACUGGGGUCUCUGUUUCCUCUCUCCACCCCCAAGGGCUGCUUAGGUUCCAGUCUUGCCCUUGCUUGACCUCCCGGGGGGCCCUAGUGCUUGUCUUCCCCUGGAGGCUGGAGAGUACCCUCAGGAACCUGGCAGAGGAGAAGGCGGAGGAAUGGCAGGGCCCAAGGCAGAGGUAACUGGAGCCAGCUAAGUCUGCCCCCUGGGCCUGUCACAAAAUUUGCAUGGAGAGAAUGAGACCUCUCUGUGACUUCCCCCUCCCUUCCCACCUGGAAUAGUCCUCCUGGGCCUGAGGUCUGACAGCAGGUGGAGGAAGCAGCCCUGUGUGGGGGGGAGCUGUUCCCGGUGGUGAUGCCCCGCGCCUUCCUGGUCAGGAGUUGGCAUCCACAGCCACCCAACUGGGGCCACCUGCCUGACCAGCUCCGGGGACAUGCCUAUGUCCCAGGUGGGCCCCUCACUGGGCCUAGAGGUGAGGGGCAGGAGACACAAAGCAUCAUCAUCUGGCUUCUCUCCUCAGACUGCAGCAGGCUGGGGGGGCCACUGGCACACCAGUCUUCUGGCCUCUGGGACUCUUGGGCAGCGCCCUCCCAGGGCACAAUGACUGCCACUCCUAGGGGCCCUGGGAUGCCUGGCUGCCCCCUCUGCCCCAGCUUCCCGUUGCAGCGGAUGCUGACCCGGCACCUCAAGUGCCACAGCCCUGCCCACCACCACGUGUGCCACUACUGUGGCAAGGGCUUUCACGACGCCUUUGACCUCAAACGGCACGUGAGGACUCACAUGGGGAUCCGGCCAUUCCGCUGCGGAGCUUGCGGGAAAGCAUUCACGCAGCGCUGCUCACUUGAAGUGCAUCUUGCCAAGGCACACGGACAGCUGGCCAGCUACGCUUAUCGUGAGCGCCGUGAGAAGUUACAUGUGUGUGAGGACUGCGGCUUCACCAGCUCGAGGCCUGACGCCUACGCGCAGCACCGCACCCUGCACCACGCUGCUUGAGACUGGGAACCCUGUGUCCAACCCAUGAGAGGGAAAUAAACAGAGGAAAGGCACGCAUAGAACACAGCAUUUAUUACACAAGGGGGAGAGUGGUUCACU